UGUGUGUGUGUGUAUAUAUAUUUGUCUGUGUUAUAUAUGUUUUUUUUUUAUUGAGUAAAUUUUUUCAUUAGUGAUUACUUAUUUCAGUAUUAAUUUUGAAUUUUUUGAUUUCAUUUAUUAUUUAUUUAUUUUCGCAAUGUGCCAUUCGUCUUUUGUUGAUAAAACUCAAUGUCUCUCCUCACAUAAUCGUAUCGUGCAAUUUUUUUUUUUUUUUUUAAUUAAACUUAUUUUAUAAACUUUGGUUUUAUCAGUGUCGUUUUGCGUUGUUGCUCGUCGUCGUCAACGAAUGUUGUAGAGGACGCGAUGUGUCGCCGCGUUGAAAAUUUUAAUUUCAAAUUAUAACUGUGAAAAGCAUUUUAUUAAAAUGUCGGUGCGCGAAACUGGACAGACCAAUUGCGAUCCCGAAGAGAAAUUUGUAAAAACACAAAGUGUAUCGAGCUUAGAAUCGGAAAUUUCAUUACAUAAUUAUGUAUUUUUAGAAAAAACGCUAAUAUCUGAUACAGAUAUCAUUUAUGCUAUUAAGAAACUUAAUUUGGUCGUUAAACAUUUAAAUGAUUUAUCAGAUGCCAAUAAUUUAGAUAAAAAUGAUAUUUUAGUUACUGCACACUUUGAAGAAAUAGCUAGCAAAAGACCUAGUUUUAAAAUACUAGGUAGACCAGCAUUAUUGGAAUUAGCUGUUAGUCCUAAUGGAUUACAGGGUAUAAAUCGGCAUCGUUAUUGUAAUGCUUUAGUUGGAGCUAUUGUUAGUGUUACUGGAAUUCAAAAAAGAGAUGAAAUGGCUCGUCUUUUGAGUUUAAUCAGAUGGAUGGGGGGUAGUUUUCGUGAAAACAUAAAUCACAAAACCACAUUUUUAGUGUCUGGCUAUGCAUGCAGUGCUAAAUCUCAGUAUGCAUAUUUACAUGAAAUUCCAGUUGUUAAUUCAUCUUGGUUAUAUGAAGCUUGGAAAAGACGGGAUGAACUGGGAUUUUUAGCUACAAAUUCAGCAUUUGUGUCUGAUCACAAAUUGAAACCAUUCCAUGGAGCUAAGAUAUGCUUUACCGGGUUUACUGAAGAAGAAAGAACUCAUAUGAUAGAUGUUUUACUACAAAAUGGUGGAACACCUGUUGAUGAAAAUGAUGCAGAAUGUACUCAUUUGGUAACAAAGGAAGGCUUUGCCUAUGUCUCUAGUCCUUUAAUUGAUCGAGAUUCAAAAGUUACAUCAUGUUUAAGAGGUGUUUUGGCUCCUAAAAAUCUAAUCAAAACUUUAGAAAAAGAGGAUAUCCUAUCUACCAGUCCUAAUACUAGGAAUGGGGGGUUAAAACGAACACUCAGUAUGACUGAUGGAAAUAACUUGCAUGAAAUCAAGAAGAAGCGUUUUCUAAAUCCAGAUAACAACGUGCACCUGUUUAAACAUCCUAAUCCUCUAUCAACACAUUUGGAACACUCUCCAAAUAAUAAUUUGGUUGUUAAUGAAUCCUCAAUAGAUACUAUUCCACUGGUUAAAAAUAACAAUGCUGAAGUAGUCAAAGAAGCAUGGUUUUGGACAUCAGUACAGUAUCAAAGUUGUGCUUUGAUAAAAGAAUACUUUUUAACUAAUUUAAAUGUUUCUAAUACACCAACGUCAGCACUGUCUUCAACAUUAACUAUGAGUUCAUCAUCUCGUACACGAAAGAGAAAAAGACAAUUGGAUCGUUUUAGUACAUUAUUAAAAUCUAGUCCAACUACUUCAACUACUUUGGGGGAAACAUCUCCAAAUAAUUGUUCUGCUCCAUCUAAAAGACGCUCUUCUGCUGCUAAUACUUUAGAUGGAUUGAGGCUAUCUUGUGGAUCAUUUUUAAACUUUACCAAUAGUCCUGAUCCAUCACCUUUCAAACAUCCUAAAGAACCUGAUGCAAUUUCAAAAGAUAAACCAUUUAGUCCAAGAUAUCAAGUUUUUUCUGAACUUUUGCAGACUGAGAUAAACUAUGUUGGAGUUUUAAAUACAAUAAUUACUGUUUAUAAAGAACCUCUGGAAGAAAUGGUGGAUAAAGAAGAUUAUCUUCUUAACAAUACUGAGAUCAAAAUUAUUUUUGGAAAUGUUUUACCGAUUUAUCAAGUACAUCAAGAAAUGUUAGAAGAGUUAAAAUGUCUAGCUGCAACAUGGCAAGAAGACAGUAGUAUUGGAAGUGUUUUUCUCAAAUAUUCUAAUGAACUUGUGAAAGCUUAUCCACCAUUUGUCAAUUUCUUUGAAAAAACAAGAGAAAUGCUUCUGCAAUGUGAUCAAACAAAACCUCGUUUUCAUGCAUUCCUUAAAGUUGGCCAAACAAGACCAGAAUGUUGUCGUCAAAGUCUCCAAGAAUUAUUAAUUCGACCUGUUCAACGUUUGCCUAGUAUCAGUUUACUAUUAAAUGAUAUACUGAAACAUUCUGAAAAAAACAACCCUGAUCACAUAGCACUAGUAUCAGCUUUAGCUAGUAUAAGAGAAGUGAUGACCCAUAUAAAUGAAGACAAAAGAAGGACUGAGGGCCAAGUUGUGUUAUUUGACAUAUUUAAUGAAAUUGACAAUUGUCCUCCCCAUUUAGUGUCGUCUCAUAGAAGUUUUAUUACUAAAUGUGAUGUGAUAGAACUCAGUGAUAAUCUUAGUGGACGUGGUGAUCAUCUGACAAUAUUUGUUUUUUCUGACAUUGUUGAGGUUUGUAAAAAGAGGAAAUGUUUUAAUGGAAAAAGUCCUAAGGAACCAAAUUCAGGUUCACACAAAUUAAAUGGAGCUAAAUUGUAUAAACAUAUAAAAUUAAUGCCAUUAAACAUUAUUAAGCAAGUGAUUGAUAUAAAAGAAACUGAUGACUGUCGUAAUACAUUUUCAUUAAUGAUUAUUGACAAUCAUGAUUUUCAAGAACGUUUGUAUACAUUUACUUUAACUGGAAGCAAUUGUAACACCAACAGUAAAAAUUUAUUUUUAAAAAAUAUAUCACAACAAGUGGCAAAUACAAAUUGUUCUGGGAAUAUUUUAAUUUCUUUGGAUUCUCAACAAUUAGAUAUUGAUACAAGUGAAAUUACAACUGGUACAUUAGGAAAAGCAUUUAAAUUUGCUAGUAAAACCAGAAUUAAAGUAGGGCGUGCUUUAAGUUUCAAUAAAACACCAAGUAAGCUCAAACGAGCAGUAUCAACAAUGAUGAGUCCAGUUCUUAGUUUAACAAAUAAUGUACCAGGAACGCAUGCAUUAACACCAUCAACACAACUAGCAAAUAUGCAUUUGGCAUCAUGCACUACUUUAAAUGAAAUGUCAACCAAUCAUUCAUAUCAUUCACCACCAAUGUCAGUACAACCAACUAGAAAAAAUAAAACAUCAAUAUUGAGUCUGUCAUCUACACCAAGGUAGCAUCCACUCACCUAUCGGUAUCUGGUUAAUUCUUUUCGAAACUCAAAGAAUUUUGUUUCGAUUUUUAGUCGUCAGUAUCGAUAGCCACUAUUAUUAUUAUUAUUAUUAUAAUUACCUUAAUUUUGUACUCAAUAUUAAUUUUACUUUUUAUAACUAUUUUUUAUUAAUAUUUUUUGUUAAUAUUUAA